CGUCUCCACGGCCCGCCUAUCCCCCAAGCCAAAUAGUAAAUCCAUUCCGCUGCGAAAGAAAAUUCCCAAACACCUCCACGAAUCUCUCUUUCUCCCUCCCUCGCUCUCUCUCUCUCUCUUCUCUCCGGCCAUGUCGGCCGAAGCGGCAGAGGAGAAGGUGGACGCGGCGGAGCCGGAGGAGAACAGGCACUGGGAGACGAAGGACGGGGAGCAAUGGGUGGUCCUGGCUUGCGUGCCGCUCGUCGUCCGCGGCAACUACUUCAGCCCGGGCAUUGAAAACAAGAUCAAGGCCGCCAAAGCUCCGCGCGCCACCCGCCUCGUCGUGCACCGGAGCAUCGCCCCGCGCACCAAGACCAUCUACGACCACCCCUAUGUCGCCGGCGCCGACUGCCAUGGCCGCCUCCUCCUCUACGCCACCCUGGGGUACGAGCUAAAGCCGUCGCUCGUCCUCGACGCCUUCUACUCCAAGCCGGCGCCGCCGUUCGACCACCGCGGCGUACCCGAGGCGUACUUCAUCUGCGACACGCGCACACACAAGUCCACCCGCCUCAACGACCACGGCUUCCACAACUUCCACCCCGGGAACGCUGGCCUCGCCAGCCUCACGGAGGACAUGUACGUCGUCGCCGAUCUCAACCCCGGGGUCGGCACCGACAGGGCCUCCCUGCUCAUAUACUCCUCGGGUUCCGGAAACUGGGAGGAGCAUAUGGUGGACUACCCGCCGCACCACCGUCCCUGGGGCAGCAACGGCGUCGUCGUGCACCAGACGAUAAUCUGGUGGGUGGAUCUCUCCUACGGCCUCCUCGCCUGCGACCUCCGCAUCGAGCCUCACAACCUGCGCUUCGUCCCUCUCCCGGAGGGCUGCGAGAUGCCGCCGAGCACACCGGACCUCGACAGGCGCCGGUGUGUGGGGUUCAGAGGAGGCGACCUGCGGUACAUGCAGAUCCACGAGCGAGUGUUCGACGGCAAACCAAUCGUCAGCAUGUGGACGCUGAUCGAUCAGGAUGCCGGGACUUGGCGCCAUGACUGCGAGGUGCUCGUCAAGGAUAUCUGGGACGACAAGGGCUACAAGGCGACCAAGCUGCCGCGGGAGGUCCCCACGGCGGCGCUCAUCCACCCGGAGCACCCCGGCGACGUGGCCUACUUCUUCCUGCACUCCCGUCUGUUCGGUGUCGACCUGGCCGCGCGCAGAGUCCUGGAGUGGCAGUUCUUCCAGAUGCUGCAUCCGCCGUCGGCUUACCACUCGUCCCGAUUCGUACGUGCCUGGAAGAGGUCGAUCUCUUCAGCCAACGAUGAUACUGGUUCUGUCGAACAGAAAAAAGACGAUCCUCCGCCUCCAGUGCGGCGUACAAGGAAACGACCAACUAAGUACUUGUGGAUCAGGACAAGGGAUACACGUUUAAAGGAUCGACGUCGAAAAGAUCCACGUUGUCGUGGAACCAGAAGGCCAUGAGUGUUGCUAUAGGGAACAUGACGUGUGAUCUCUUUUGUUCGUGUACCUUGUAUAUAUAUAGCAUUGAUCAUGGAAUCGUGUUGGGAUAUAUGUCGUAACACCAUUUUUGUUUCCAAGUGUGCAGAUCAUGUAAACAUCACAAAAUGUGUGUGGAUUAUCAAUCCGCUUUAUAU